AUGAUCAGAAUCGUGUGGGCGAUAGGGGUGUCGUGUACGGGCGCCACGGUGGCAGUCCUCGCUCCCUACGUUGCUGCGGACGAUGAAACCUCCGUCGCUCUCCUCUUGGCGAUCGCCAUUGUUCAGAUCGUGGGGUUCGGAGGAGCGGCGGCGGCGCUGGGGGGGGCGUCGUUCAACCCGCUGGCGAAUCUCAUCAACUACCUCGCUGACGAGGCGGACGAGACGGCGCUGGGGCUGCUGCUGCGCUUCCCUGCUCAGGCGGGCGGCAUGGUGAUAGGCACCAUGCUGACGUGGGAGUUCAUUCCGGAGUCCCUCAAGCACACCGUCAACGGGCCCGCGCUGCCACCUGGCGUGUCCGUAUUGGCCGGCGCGACGGCCGAGUUCGCCCUGACGUUUCUGCUGAACCUGGUGGUGCUGUGGACGCUGUUCCUGGGUCCCAGCAGCGACCUCUCAAAGGCAUUCAUCAUGGUCUCCGCGACAAUCAUAGCCAUCGCUGCUGGCAUGGGCUUCUCUGGUCCCUCCAUGAACCCCCUCUUUGCGUUCGGGUGGGUGUACACAUUGGAUCAAGAAAUGUCGGUGCAGCACUUCAUAGUCUACUGGGCUGCUCCCACUGCCGGUGCCGUCCUCGCAGCAGCAUUCUACCGAAUCUACCUGAAACCACACAAGGCGGCUCUGGAGGCAAAACGGCGGAGGGAGAGGGAAGGAAAGGAAGGGAAGGAAGUGAAAGGUGGGGAGAGAGGGAGGAGAGAGGAGGAAGCAUUGAGGCCCAACACGCAAACAGAGAGGGUUGCGCCGGAGAGAGAGGGUGAGGGGUUGCGAAAACGGGUGGGUGCAGGGGCACGGGAAGAGGUGGAGGGUGGGGCUGACGUGAAUAAUGGUGGUGGUGAGAGUGAAGGGAGAAACAAGGCGGAGUGA